AUGUGGCUGAUCCGGGCGUUUUGGAGACUGUGCGGAGUGUUCACCAUGGAUCUGUCGUACAACAAGUUUCAAAACGCGUACUCCGCAUUGCUGAUAGCCACGUGCAUAUACAAUUUCGUGAACGCGUCGCAGGUCAUAUGCAAAUUGGUUCACUGGUGCUCCACAUUUUCGUCGACGCUGACGGCCGUGUACGACAGGGUGUUGACGUCCGCCGUGUUCUUCUCCCGGAUCGCGGUCGUGUACGAAUGUAAGCCGAACAUGUCCAGGUACCAAGCGACCAUCAGAGCGUUCGAGGCGUACUCGCCACCGUCGGCCACGGAACUCCGGCGGCACAGGGCGUUUUCGCUGGCCGUGGUCACCACGUGUCUGGCCGUCAUCUUGCCGACCAACACGAUCUGCAUGUACUACUUGUGCCGCUACGAGCCCAACUCGGAUGCGUCGCUGUUCGCCUACCAGCUGUUCAUGUACGUCUAG